AUGGAACAACCCUGAGAAAGGAGGAACAGCCAGCCUCUUUUUUUGGAGAAGGUCAUGUUCCAUUUCAGCCUGAAACAGAGGACUGACUCACUUGACCAGGAGCAAAGGGGAAAUAUUAGAUCAUGUCGGAAUUCUGGCUGAUUUCCGCCCCAGGAGAUAAAACAAAUCUGCAGGCAUGGGAGAGAAUGAACACAGUGACAUCUAAAUCCAACCUGUCCAGCAACAGUAAAUUCCAUAUUCCAGACUUAAAGGUGGGGACACUGGAUGCUCUUGUUGGUCUGUCAGAUGAGUUGGGAAAACUUGAUAGCUUUGCUGAAAGCAUAAUAAAGAAAAUAGCCCAGUACAUAGGAGAAGUUAUGGAGGACUCAAAAGAUAAAGUCCAGGAAAAUCUUCUGGCCAAUGGAGUUGACCUAAUUAGCUACCUGACACGGUUCGAGUGGGACAUGGCCAAGUAUCCCAUAAAGCAGCCGCUGAAGAAUAUAUCGGAAGCAUUAGCAAAGCAAGUGACUCAAAUAGAAACAGACCUAAAGGCCAGAUCAGCUGCAUACAACAACAUUAAAGGAAACUUGCAAAGCCUGGAGAAAAAAACUGUGGGAAAUCUGCUGACUCGGACCCUAGCAGACAUUGUGCAUAAAGAAGACUUUGUUCUGAAUUCUGAGUAUCUUAUCACGCUGCUCGUCGUGGUGCCCAAGUCAAGCUAUGUACAGUGGCAGAAGACCUAUGAAUCCCUCUCCGAUAUGGUAGUGCCUCGCUCCACCAAAAUGAUUGCUGAGGAUGCAGAAGGAGGACUCUUCACCGUGACCCUAUUUAGAAAAGUGAUGGAUGACUUCAAGGCCAAAGCCAGGGAGAACAGGUUCAUGGUUCGAGAAUUUUAUUUUGAUGAGAAGGAACUGAAAUGUGAAAAGGAAGAGCUGAUGAAAUUAGCUUCUGAUAAGAAACAACAAUAUGGCCCUUUGCUGCGCUGGCUGAAAGUGAACUUCAGUGAAGCAUUUGUGGCUUGGAUUCACGUGAAAGCCUUGAGAGUUUUUGUUGAAUCUGUCCUGAGAUAUGGCCUCCCAGUGAAUUUCCAAGCAAUGCUGCUGCAGCCAAAUCGGAAGUCUGUAAAACGCCUGAGAGAUGUCCUAAACGUGGUCUUCAAACACCUGGAUGAAGUUGCAGCAGCAAGUAUCAUGGAUCCUGGCAUGGACAUCCCUGGUUUACAACUGAGUAAUCAAGAAUACUAUCCCUACGUCUACUUCAAGAUUGACCUCAGUCUUCUUGACUGCAGUUAA